AUGUUACUUAAGCAAAUGGCUGAUGAAAGUGUCAAUAUUCUUAAAGCUUUUGACAAGGCCUUCGAAUAUGAUCAUGAUAAUUGUUGGAUUAAGGAAAAGGUAUGGAAGCGUGGAAUGAGCUUUGCAGAAUUCAUCCACCAGGUAAAGAUGACCUUGACUGGAAAGAAAAUCAAAAGGAGAUUCAAGGUAGAUGAACGAGUCGGAUGGACGAAACCUUGGAUAAAUGAAACCUCUCUUGCGGAACAGGAACAAAAUAUCCCCAACUAUGACAUCGUUCAGGAAGUUUAUGAACAGAAGCAUUUAGCAGUUCUUGAUCAAGAGGUCAUCGAAAGCUUGUGCGAAAUUUUAAAAGAUUUGGCGGAGAAAGGCUUUAGAGUAGAUCAUUCACUCAUUUCUUAUGGAGACUCGACCGAAAAGGACGAUAGGGAGUGA